AUGACCUUGUGCUCUUUGUUGUAUCCCCUCUUGGCUAUCAUUUUCUUUAUUCCAAAAAGUGGAUUUGUCAUUGCUUCAUCCUAUGCCGUUGAUCAAGAACAAUUAGCACGCAUCCCAUAUCGCUAUGCAUCAACCUCGUUUGCCCGUGAAGGAGUGCUUUAUAGCUAUGGUGGAGUGACGCGUGAUGCUAAAGCAACCACACUAUUUACAUCAAUCAGCUUCGAUCCAACAAACGGUUCUGUUAUCUACCAUAACGUCAAUCAGUCAUCUAAUGCACCCUAUGCGUCGUAUGCUCAAGGCGUCCUUCUUAAUGACAAUAAUCGUUUCAUUUUGUUCGGCGGUACCGACAACAUUACUUCGACUACCACCACACCAAACACUACUAUGCGCGUGUUCGAGUAUCGUUUUGAUAACCAGACAUGGCGAGAGCUGGUCGUUUCGUCCAACAACAAUCAAUUACCUUUGCAUCGUAUGGAGUUCACAGCAAAGCUUUCGAACAAUGGGAAAGUGUAUCUUUAUGGUGGCACGAUUCACAACACACGCACUGUGCUAGGCGAUGCAUGGGCCUUUAAUCCCGAAACCGGGGAGUUCUCUCAAUUGACGCCACCAUCACCAUCAUACGUCUUGAGCAACACAUCUUACAAUGGUCCAUCCACUAACACAGGCCUUUACGGCCAUUCGGCUAUCAGCCUUCCAAAUGGGAUCAUUCUUCAUUUGAUGGGAAAUGGAUAUUACAAUGGCACCCUGUACGACAAUACAGUGAAUGACACCUUGUGCAACAUGGCCUUGUUGCUUGACACCAACACCCACCAAUGGCGUUACCAGCCACUUGGGGGCCAAGACAUGCCACAGCAGAUUAUUAAUGGCUAUGCUGCCCUUGGACCUGAUCGCAAGACAAUCUAUCUAAGUGGAGGUUGGUAUGGAGCCAGCAGAACAUUGACUCGUCGAUCGGUAUCAUCCAAUGAUUUGAGUGUGCUCAAUACUACAAGUUGGGAAUGGCAGACUCCAAGCAACGUGUAUGGUGAUACACCAAAGCCGCGCUUUUUGGCCAAUGCUGAAUUGUUGCUAGACAAGUACAUUGUGGUCUUUUUUGGUACAUCGGAAUACUUUUGGUACAAUGACAUCAACGUGCUGCAAUUUGGUUCCUUAGCCAAUGGAUCAUUUGUGGCUCAGUGGAAAAACAACAUUACUACGCCUUUACUCGCACCUAUCCAACCCAUGUUCCCUGGUGAUGAUUCCCUUUCAUCCACGCAAAAGAUUGGUAUUGCCCUUGCUGUCAUUGGAAUCGUCGUCUUCAUCAUUAUACUUGGCUCGUGGUACUUUGGUGAACCCGUGAAGCACCUCAUAGGACGCUCCUAUUAUGGAAUCAUUUGGUCCAUAAGGGUUGGAGAGCCAUUGUGGAUCGGCGUGUCACAUACGCUAACUAAAUUGGCAUUAUCGUUCAUGUUCCUUGCAUACGUUAUAUAUAUUGUGAAACUGGUGAUUGAUAGUGGACAAUCAAGCGUGGAUCUCAUUGAGCCUGCAAAUCACGUACUAUUACCAGAUAUUCGAUUCUGCUUUGAUGGAUGGGUAGAUACAGCCGUUGGAUGUGAAACCGAAAGCUUAUCUGUGGAUGAUUGCGUCUCGCUCAACUAUAUUCGACGUUUGGAUAUGCGUAUGCACCAACCUUAUUUUGAUUAUACCGGGGCAAUCGAGUGUCAUCUCUUUCAUGCUGAUGAAUACUUUCGGCUUACACGCGCACCAACGAUUGGACAGCAACAACAAUGCAAUGGUAGUCGUAUUCAAUUCAGCUUUUUUGGGACACCCGCUGAGCAAGAUACCAAUCGCUUUGUACAUGUAUCAGUAUACCCACGUGGUCGUGAUCCCAACCUCGACUUUUAUUACAAUGAGGAAAAGUACAUGAAUAAGCAAGAACUUGAAAAGUGGCUAUACGACGAUAGCAACAAUCUUUUAUCAUCCAGCGAUAAGCGCACAUCAUUGCAUUUCAACACAUCCGCUACACUAAGCUACAAGUUACUCACCCACCGGUAUCUACAAUCGAGUCUUUGGAAUAUCGUAGGCAUCGCUUCAGCCUACAACAGCACCUCUGAAGUGGAUGCGACAUUUUCACCUGAUGUGCAGCGGCUUUUACGUCCUGGCAACAACCCUGCUAGUGUCAAUUUCUUGGAUGUCUAUCCAGAGUCAUUCGUUACAUAUACCCGUAUGGAGCAAAAACUUCACACGUUGUUGACAUCCGUUGGCUCCAUUGGUGGUUUAUUGUCGCUGCUGAUUACUCUCAACUCUUGGCUAUGGGGUUCUAGAGCACGUGCCCCGCUUGGAUGGGCUCAUCGUGUGCUUUGGGGUCGAAGAGCACACAUGUGGCUCCUCAAUGGUCUACGUACCAAAUUUGGAAAUGUCUCUGAUUCAGUGCCUUACGUGCAUCCUGUUGAGUCAUAUCUACUUAGCCAACAGCAGGCUGAUUGGCAUAGCAUCAUUGACCUGCCACGUGAUCAUCGUACUGAUUCUUCAGGAUCAUCACCGCUUGAACAGCCAACUACCUCCUCAGCAACAUUGCAACCAUCGGAUCCAGAAAUGGGAAAGAAGUACAAGUUCCGAGAUAGUAAUCUCACUGACUCCUCAAGGACCCAAUGCGGUGAUGAUGAUGCUGAUGCCGCAUUAGGCAGCUGCAACAAGUGUUUUAUUGUGGCACAAGAAUUGGAAAAGCUCCAACGCCGUGUUCAACUGAAUGAGCUGGUCAUGAAGGAAUACUAUAUCGACGACGAGGUGUUUCGAAAUAUUAGCGUGGCUAUGGAUAUCGAUAACAAAGAUCAACAGGAGGUUUCCUUGUCAAGACAAAGAUCCAGUGCCUCCUCAUUGUCUUCUCCUUUUGGUGACAUAAGACGCGGAUCGCUUAAGAAACAUCAGUCACGCAGCAUGCCAUAUAUUCCACGUAUCGUCAAGCCUAUGCCAUCCCUGGCAUCCUUGCCGAAUGACAUCAGCCCUUCAGCUACUAAAUCGCGGAUGUAA